CAAAAAAUAAAGAAAAUAUGCCGCGAGAGAUAAUCACAAUCCAAGUAGGCCAAUGUGGUAACCAGAUUGGCCUAAAGUUCUGGGAACAAGCUCUCAGAGAACAUCGUAACCAACUUUUGUAUGAUGAUGCACUCUCUUCUUUCUUCAGGAACGGAGAGAUGGACGGGGAGAUCUUCGAGGAGUACCCCCUCGGCAGUGAAAUCAAUGACCUCAAAGCUAGAGCAAUCGUAGUAGAUAUGGAAUGUGGAGUUAUCAAUAAUAAGAUCCUUAAUGGAGAGCUUAGCGAUAUUUUUGAAGCCAGACAGGUCGUCAGCGACCAAUCCGGGGCUGGCAACAACUGGGCCCAAGGCCAUUUUGAAUACGGACCCAUGUACGAAGAGGAAAUUAUGGAUAAAGUUCGGUGAGCUACUGAGAAAUGCGAUAGUUUACAAGGCUUUGUAUUCCUUCAUUCUUUGGGAGGAGGAACAGGAUCAGGCCUUGGAACUUAUUUGCUCAAAUCUGUGGGGAAUGAAUACGUUAAUAAUUUCAAAUUCUCUACUUGUGUGUUCCCAUCACCCGAAAAUGACGAUGUUGCUGUAUCUCCUUAUAAUAGCAUGCUUGCCCUGAACUGCCUGAUCGAAUAUUCUGAUUGCGUGCUUCCAAUAGAAAAUCAGAGUUUAUUCGACAUUGUAAAAAGAAUUGACGAUCUUGAUAAAUAUAAGAAGAAUCCUUAUGGGACUUCAUUAAAUAAGAAGAUAGCUAAGGAUAUGGCUAUGGCUGAUUCUAAAGGUGGUGCAACAAUCACUGAUUCUAAAGGAAUGGGGCAUCAUUUUGAAAGAGAAAAUACCAUCGUUGCUCAUGUUAUUAACAAUCUGACCAGUUCCAUGAGGUUUGAAGGGUCUCUCAAUGUUGACAUGAACGAGAUAACAAUGAAUCUAGUACCAUAUCCAAAGCUACAUUUCCUUGUAUCGAGCUUGAGUCCUUUAUACCAGCUGAUAAACAAGAAGUGAGAUCCAAGGAGUCUUGACCAGUCUUUCUUAGACGCCCUAGAUCCGAACUAUCAACUAGUAAAGACAGAUCCGAUGAAGAGCCUCUAUUUAGCCUGAGGGCUUAUUGUUAGAAGUAAGACGAUAGAAAUCUCUCAGGUUAACAGAGGAGUUGAGACUCUCCAGGACAAGAUCAAUAUGAUCUAUUGGAACAAGGAAGGGUUCAAGGUAGGUAUAUGCAAGAAGCCUCCAAUCAACCAGGACUAUUCCAUUCUGUCUCUAUGAAAUUCUACAGGCAUUAGAGGUGUGUUUAAAGCGCUCCUGAGCAAAUUCCAAAAGCUGUAUAAACACAAAGCUUACCUGGCAAAUUAUGAGAAAUUCGGUGCAGAAAGAGACCUAUUCGAUGAAUGUGAGGAGAACUGAGCUCAGCUGAUUAGUAACUAUGCCCAGCUCGAGAUGGAGAACGGCAAAGAGGUUGAAGAAGAAUCCCUCGAAGAGAUGUCGUUUGAACCUAUUGUAUAAUUGAUAAUUUCCAACUUAAGCUGUUUUUCUGGG